GGACUAUUCCAGCACAACAAAAUAUUGAAAAAGUUUAAACUCCCUAAUGCGGUCGGUAGAAAGUGAUAAAUCAGAAAACCCUAGAACAACCGAUUUGAGUAGGAGAGAGAUGUCGGAAGGAGAGCAUCCGAGGCUGAUUCUGCACAAUUUCUUGUCGCCGGCAGAGUGCAAGGAGCUUGAGUUCAUACACAAGAGUUGUAGUACAAUUGGGUACAGACCAAAUGUCUUCUCCACUACUCUCUCUCAUCUCAUUGCCACCAAUUCACCUCACCUCAUCAUCCCCUUCGUUUCCAUUCGAGAAAGGUUGAAAGAGAAGAUAGAGGAAACAUUUGGAUGUGAGUUUGAGCUUUUCAUUGAAUUCACUGGUUUGAUAAGUUGGUGCAGAGGAGCGAGUAUUGGGUGGCACAGUGAUGAUAACAGACCAUAUCUGAAACAAAGGGAUUUCGCGGCAGUUUGUUACUUGAAUAGUUACGAGAAAGACUUCAAAGGUGGGCUUUUUCGUUUUCAAAGUGGGGAACCAGCAACUGUUGCUCCCUCGGCUGGAGAUGUUAUCAUGUACACAGCUGAUGACAGGAAUAUCCAUUCUGUUGAUGAGGUAACAGAUGGAGAAAGAUUGACUCUUGCUCUCUGGUUUAGCCGGGACUCAUCCCAUGACGAAGAUUCAAAGCUUCUUUCUCGUCUUUCCCAAUGCACAUUACAUGGAUUUUGCCUCCCUUUGCCUGCAUCCACUAACAUGUACUGGUUCUGUCCUCAUCCAGAUGUGUUGAGUCAAAACAUAGGUUUUGAUAUCUGCUUUGCGAGGUUGCACCUUCUUGGUUUCGGUGUACAUAGCUUACAAGGCGAAGAUCAUUCUACUGAUGUUUCAGAACAACUCAUGGGACCACUACUAAUAGCUAAAGGAGGAGUGUUACUCACCCGAAAAUUUGCCAACGUUCUUCAUGCUCUUCAGGUUGUUCAAUACUACAGUUGGAAAGCUUCUGAACUCGAAACUUUUAAUAUCGAAAAUGGCACGGUAGAAGAGGUGGAAGCUAUGUCUAAGCCUCAGUUGGAAACUCUCAACUCCCUCAAAUCAGUUUUUCUACCUGAUGAGAAACUCGUAACCACAACUUUUGGAUAUUCAUGCUCUAAUGAGGACCUGAAGGAAUCACUCGACUUAACGGGUAUAUCUCUAGCGGUUACCUCUUGGGAAGAAUAUACCUCUAAGUUACUCAAGGUGCUACUAUUAUCCUUGCCUCAAUGGAAAAUUUAUCAAACUAUACACAAAGUGAAUGAUGAAUUAAGUAGUUAACAACUUUGAAGUGAGCUUCUCAGUUUUUGUCUGGUUGCUCUGUUACUGGAUCUCUCUGCCUUUUUUCAGUUUGAAUUGCUCUCUUUUUGUUUAAACUUACAUAUAAACAUAUCUUAAUAUA